AUUGUUUCCUUUUAACGGUGACGCACCUUAAGAUUUUGGAAAUAAGGGAGGGGAAUGAUUGUGUGGUUGUUUAGAGUAUGAUAAUGAACUGUGAAGGGCGUCGCAAAUUAUAAAUUACAACUGUGAAGUAAACAUACAAAGUCUAUUGUUUGUAUCUCAAGUUAAAUUACCAGAUUAUUCGAUGGAAGUAUUUCAUAUUCAUACACCACAUGAUUUAAACAUACAGUGUGCCAGUUUUUACGGUUUUAUUUCCAUUACACGUGGUGACAGAGGUGCAUAUAAAUUUUCGUGGUAGAUUGACAGUACGUUCCCAUCUAGGCUAUGAACUAUUUUAAGUGUUUUAUGUGUAAGCUGUUUUAUUUUCUUGACUGCUGCACCUCAUUGGCAGCCAUCUAAAGACCUCAGCCCACUAUUAUUUUAUGUCUGCCUCCACCAACCUUGAUCGAACAAUGUUUUAUGCACUUUUCUUAUAGUUGCGACGACUGAAUGCCAUGUUUCAUUUCCUUCUGCAGUUGUCAGACAUUUGUGUAUAAAUAGUGAUUCAUAUAAGAAACCUCACUAUCCACAGUGAGACUAGAUGCUUAAUAUUAAGCACUGUGCAUAGAUAUAUUGGCUGCAUUUCAUGAAUGAGGCGAGGUCUGCUGCCUUUGCAAAACUUCUCUCUGUGUCAGUCUUUGUGCUGUAUGAAUCUUGCUUCCUCUGUUUCGUUCCCCAGAUUUAGUUUGGACGAUAGAGGACUGCAGACUGAAAAGAAUAAUCAGAGCGGUACAAUUCUCUAUUGACCUUGAGGAUUGUUCGCAUCACUUUCCUUAAUCUGUGUUGUGCAGCCACUGGACACAAAAAAGGAUGGAACAGAAAGAAGUCGUGGAUGAGUGGCUUUUGGGCAAGGGCAGAAGAAAAGAAGAUAGAAAGGCUGGGCAUAAAUUAACAAGAGAGAUGGGUUGGCUACUUAUAACAAGAUUUCAUGAUGGUAUUGAUCCAAGCAUUAGCCCUUUUUGCUUGUAUUACUGUAUGGGAAACUACAGUCAUUGCUGAUGAAAUAACAAACUCACGGGAAGGAAAAUUUGUGCUACCAAUCACAAGGUACUGGAACACUGUUUGUUCUGGAACUUCUAAUGGACAACAACUACAAGGUACUUGCCUUGACCGUAAGCAGUGUUAUCUGGCUGGAGGCACCAGCAUGGGAUCAUGUGGUGUACUGGGAGCCUGCUGUCUCUUUGAGAGGAGCUGCUACACAACUACCCAUCAGAGACUUUCCUAUUUUGUGAACCCACCUGUAGUCCAGCAGCACUGCACAUAUCAAGUUGAUGUUAUGAGUCGGGAUGUUUGUCAAAUAAGGUUGGACUUUGAUGAAUUUCGCAUAGCUCCACCAACUUUACGAACCAGAGAGCCUUUACAAACAACACCAUAUUACUGCAUCAAUGACAGCUUCACAGUUACAAGUCCUUUGAGUGGCCAACGGGGAUUAGGCUUCAGCAGUCUCUGUGGCCGCAAUGAUGGACAGCACAUUUACAUCCCUGUCAAUGCAUCCCAGGGAGCCAGCUCUGUAUCACUGAGCUUCAAUCUGGCGGAUCGCAAUAGUACUUCAGGAUCAUCACUGCCGACACCCACCUGGAGAAUCAGGAUAACACAGCUGGAAUGCCCAGGCAGCCCUUAUGACUACUCAACCUUCACGGCUGCAGUUGCAUCCCUGGCUCAGCAACACCUGCAGAAGUUCUCACCACCUUAUGUUGAUUUUCACCUGCUAGCCCCUCCAGGAUGUCUGCAGUAUUAUACUGAACGAAGAGGCACUUACAUGUCAUUCAACUAUAACACUCCAGGCUCACCUGAUUCACAGUACAUAGCAGAAAUGCACUAUGCAAUAUGUUUCCGGAGAACAGCUGAUGCUUGUGGAAUACAGCAUACAGCAGAAACCUUUAAUAUGGGUGGAUAUAAUACAAGUAGCACCAUGACAGAUGAUGCUUGUAAUGAUUUUGAUUACCUAUUUGUUCCUGAUGGAAGAUGGCAAGGUACUGCAAGAGCAGACAAGUUCUGUGGAGAUUCUCUCCUUGGGGAAACUGUCACAUCCAUAUCCCCUGGUCCAUUUUAUGUUGUCUUCAACAGUGACAGCCAACUUGAUAUUAUAAAUUCAGAAAGUGGAUUCAGAAUUGAUUACCAGGUGCUAGGUACCUGUGAGUGACGGGAAUAAUUGUUCCAGCAAUGAGCUAUAAGUAAUUGUUCUAGCAGUGGGUUAUUUAAGUAAUAUAAAUGCCUCAGUUCAUAUACAUUUUAAGAAAUAACAGAUCUCAGCAAUAAAACUAAACUACGGGCAAACUUUAUUUAACAACAAGUUUUGAACGACAAAAGGAAUGGAAUAGUUGUUACAGUUAAUACAUCAGUAAUGUUAGCUAUAACUUUUUUAUUCCAAGAACGUAUUGAAUUUUAUAUUUUAUCAGACUUCAGAGAAUCAUGUGAACUGUAAGAAAUUCCUUGCUUAUAGUAGCAUAUUUGUGAAGUUAUUUAUUUUUGCUAUCUUUAGUAAAUGCUAAAUCUAGUCUUCACCACUGCAAUUGUUUUGAUUUACUGCUGUUCGAAUUUAUUCUUCAAAUGCAAUCUGGAAAAUAAGUACAAGUAUUUUUAUUGAUCUAUUUUCCUGUAAAUGAAAGUAUUUAGGUUGUAAAUAUGUGUGACACAUUUUGACUAGUAUUUAUUAAUGUAGUACAAAAAAUAACUUCUUAAUGUAAGGUAACUGUAAGACAUUAUCUGUGAAUUAUAAAAAUAAAGCUGUAUCAGACACCAGUAA